CUAUAUCCGACAACAAAGGUUCCGAGUUGUUGGUCUUAUUUAUGAGUUUAUGAGACGGGGUUUUAUGAGGUAUGAUCGAGCGUGUCUCGCUGAGAGGUAAACACACAUGCCACAUAGUCUAAGGAGUGUUAUUGGGUAAUAUUUCGCCGAUUUUUUGCUUCACUUCAAAAUAAUAACGAUUAAUAGAUUUCAAUCCGAACCCUGGUGUCCCUUUUUAACAAUGAUAAUAGUUAUUAAAUUAUUAUUUGAUUAUUAGUGAUACUUGAUUUCGGUAAUAAAGAUUAAGAUUAAAUCGCAAGUUACCAUUUCACAUUUUAAAUUGUUUUAAGGGGGAAAAAAGUGCGACCCGGAACAAGAUGUCAAAAAAAACAUGUUCCAGUGCAGAAAAAAAAAAUCGUGACGUCAUGCACUCUUGAUGUUAUCAAGGCUAUAUAAGAGAAUCGGCCCUACUCUGUCGUGGACGGAGGGAAUGGUGUGGCACAUUAUUCCUGCGAUGAACAUAGGAAUGAGACACAAAAACGCUACUCUGGCGAUGGCUGUUAGUUUGUGCUUCAUGUGCUGUGACUUGUAGACUUACCAACCCGAUGAUACGGUAUUUCCUUCCUUAUCGAACUGCAUAAGACAGCCGGAGGAACCAUGGCUGACGACAAAGGAAACAGAAGAAGUCGGACUUCCGCCAGAACGUGACGGUAGGGACAGUCGAUAUGCGAAUCGUAUCCUCACGAGAACUGCCAGUUUGUGUGUUCAGGAUCGACUGGCUUUCGACGAGGACCCGCCGUCGUAUGAGAUGAUGUAUCCUUCGAGCAGCGACGAUAAUAACGCCCUAAGCCUCAACAACUCGAAACUCGACUGUGGCAUCGUGAUGAGACCACGUAACUUGAAAGAAAACACGAAAUCCCAACCAAACAGCAAUCAAAUCGUCCCUCAAACACCACCGGAUACGAAGGUGACAAGCAGACCUGCCAUCAAACACGGUGACUCCAAGCUGAAACUUUCGCAGGGGAAUGAAAAACCCAAGCCAGAAAAAGUACUCCAGAGAAAAAUCACACUGACCAAGCUUACGGAGACCCGUGAGAAGCUGAUGGUUCAAGCUUCAGGACUGACAAAGGGCGCCAGGGAGACGCUUAGAGAGUUCUGUCAGAAGACGACAGCCCACGGCUUCAGUCACGUGGUAGAAAAUGACAUACACAUCAUUAUGAGGAUAUUCUGGGUCGUCGUGACUUUUGUCAGCCUUGGGGCCUUGUUGUCAGUAGGCUACGACGCCACCUACGCUGCCUUCGUUACAAAGCGACCCUACACGGAGGUGACCUACAGGAACAACCAGAGCACGGGAAUCCGCCUCCCCGACAUGACCAUCUGCACUUUGUCGGGAUUCUGGAAAAGCAAGAUGGAGAAGUACAAUGUGAGCAAGACCCUGGCAUCCUACCUCCUCCUGGCGGUCCGCGGAACAGAGGUCAUCAGCCCAGUGUUGAGUCGUGACCCCAAAAGGAUAAUAUUGUUAAAGGAUGAACUUCGGGAAUACCUGGAAAUGCACAAAGUCACGCUCGAGGAACUGAUAACAAUGCUUUCCCCAGAAUGUGAGGAAUUGGUGAAAGGAUGCUACUCGGCGUCUCAGAGCCUGAGUAGUUCCCUGUGCUGCCAGACGGUGUUGAGGCCUACCAUCACCACACUAGGCGUCUGCUUCACCACACUCAACCAGAAUGGCUUGAGACUCAACCAGACUAUUGCGGGACUGGUAGGAGGCUAUAGGAUUCUCUUCGAUGUCGCCCUUCAAGAGUACAUGGGUGGGUGUUCUCUUUUCUUUUUACCCUUUUUGAUGACAUUUAAUAUUUUUGCCAGUGGAAAUAAACGCGAUGUUCCCGAAAGAGUUGCCAGGAAAUUGAAAUAAGUAAGGGAAGGAAUGAGAACUGGGUAGAAGGAGAUAUACGGGAGUAACUGCUUUGAGCCAAGCUAAAGUUUGGAGUGCUUGAUUUCACUGUACGUUUUGUUUCACCUCCAGUGAUUUUAUCAGACAUAUUUUGUUCAUUAGACACAAUUGUAAUUACAGCAUUAGACUCACAGUCUCUUAUCAUAAUUAGAUUCAGUUUCA